AGCCGCCCUCUUGCUAGCUCUGUAUCCGCUUUGAAUUACACAGGCGUGACCUGCAGUGUGUCCUCCAAACUGUCACAGUUUUGCUGAUACAUUUAAGGACAAGGACAACCGAAAUAUGGUGUACGAGGAGAAAAUGAUAACGAACGGGGAACCCGAGGAUGACGAGGAAGAAGAGGAGGAAGAAGAAAUGGUGGAUCCGCUUGAGACAAUGCGACAGAAGUGUGCAGAGACAGAACACUGUGUGCACACUCAGGCACGCCUGGAGCAGUGCGAGACCCGAGUCAACUCUCGCUCCGCCACAGAGGAGGAUUGCACCGAGGAGCUUUUUGACUUCCUCCAUGCUAGGGACCACUGUGUGGCACACAAGCUUUUCCAUUCAGUUAAAUGAACCACUCCCUCUUCCAUUGGCAAGGUUGAACAAGGAGGAGACUAUGGUUCUAAUUAACAUCUAUAUGUAAAUCUGUUAUUUUGCAUUAUGUGAACAUGUGACAAAAUGGUGUAAACAGUAAAAUGAGUCAAUAUUUAAUUAAAGUGGAUGACUUAAGACACCCUG